AGCCUAAAGGUUGACUGACUAUAAUUAAUUAAUGAUAUUAAUGACUAUUUUUUAGGGUCAAUAAUUAAAAAGAAAACAAUAGUUUCAAAGAAAAUUCCCCAAAAAUUACGUUUUUUAGUACUAAGCUUAGUUUUGCAAAUACAAUUAUUGGCGUUUUCUAUUUUUUGUUAGGAUGGCGAAACGGCUACAAGAUAGGGAUAUCGAACAAUUAUUGGCUGCGUUAGAAGAUGGCAACGUGUCUGAGGAUGGCUUGGAUGACGAGAAUGAUGAUGAGGAUUUAUUUUACACCGAUGCUAGAGAAAUUUUGAGAGACUUACUGCAUGAGGAAGCUUUUGACGGUAGUCGUGGAACGCACGAAGAACGUACUGCUGAUACUGAACAGGAUGAUAGCGAUCCACCACUUGUUGAAGAUAGGCAUGAUAAUCAACAUUUCGACAAACGGAAGCUUAUUUGGAAAGUAGGUAUGUAUGGGUAUGGGUAUAUGUCUUACGACGAAACUAAAAUAACACCUGAUUCCGACAUCAUUGAAUCCACCGACAGAACAAUACAAGAUCUUGAUACGCCAUAUCAAUGCUUUAAUUAUUUCUUUACACCAGAUUUUCUCCAACAAAUUUCUGAUGAAUCAAAUCUAUAUUCAUGUCAAAAAGACCCGGCUCGUUCGCAGAAUAUAACACCUAAAGACGUCCAACAAUUUAUAGGUAUUAUUUUAUUUAUGUCUGUCCAACAAUUCCCAAGUGUGCGGGCUUAUUGGCAUGAAAAAUACGGUUACGAGCCUGUGAAAAGCGUUAUGCCAGUAAAUAAAUUUGAGCGGAUACGAAGUUUACUGCAUUUCAAUGAUAACACAAAACAUUUGACAAGAGAGCACCCAGAUCACGACCGCUUACACAAAAUAAGACCAGUAAUAGAACAUCUAAAUGAAAAGUUUUCAUCAAUACCAAUGGACCAACGUCUCUCUGUAGACGAGCAAAUGUGCUCUACCAAAAUCGGCCACUUCCUCAAACAAUAUCUACCUAAUAAACCUCAUAAAUGGGGAUAUAAGCUCUUCGUUUUGUGUAGUCUUAUGGGUUACGCAUACCGUUUUGAAGUUUAUUCCGGGCAAGAAAAGAAAGAUAGACCCGCAGGCGAGCCGGACCUGGGAAAAACAAACAAUGUAGUCUUACGUUUAGCCAGGGUGAUUCCGAGAAUGAGAAAUCACAUAGUAUUCUUCGACAACUUCUACACUUCAUUGCCUCUGGUUUAUCAUCUGGCAAAACAAGGAAUACACUGCGUUGGCACCGUGCAGCAAAAUAGACUUCCAAACUGUCGUCUACCGGAUAAAAAAGAGAUGUUGAAGGCAUCAGUUCCAAGGGGAACACAUGAAGAGAGGAUUACGCACUUUGACGGAAUUGACUUUUCGGUGACGGCGUGGAAAGAUAACAAGAUAGUUACGCUUUUAUCUGACUACAUUGGUUCCGAGCCGAUGGGAAUUUCCGCACGUUAUGACAAAAAACAAAAACAAAAAGUGGAAAUACCUUGUCCAAAAAUUGUGCAAGAAUAUAACAUGCAUAUGGGUGGUGUGGACCUAAUGGAUAGCUAUUUAGGCCGCUAUCGUAUCAGGGUCAAAAGCCGUAAAUGGUACUUGCGUUUAUUUUAUCACCUUUUGGACUUGGCGGUAAUAAAUUCCUGGAUUUUAAUGAAAAAGAAUUGCAUUGCAAAGGAUGUUCCAACAAAACAACUACCGAACCUUGGGCAAUUUCGCAAUGAAUUGGCUGAUGUCCUUUGCAAUAUUGGAUUAACUUACGGCAUCAAAAGAGGACGUCCAAGUAACGCUUCCAUCGAACAAGGACUACAAGCGAAGAAACAAAAAGGAACUAGUCAUCCUCUGCCAAGCGUCGAUGUAAGAAAAGAUGGCUUUGAUCACUGGCCUAUGAUUGAUACUCGUCUUAGGUGCAAAAUACCUAAUUGCAACGGGACAACAACCUGGUCUUGCUCAAAAUGUAAAGUGCCUCUUUGCUUGAAUCCAAGAAAUAACUGUUUCACAAAGUUUCAUCAAUAAAUUAGUAAUCUUCAGACGCUUAGUAAUGUUUAGACGCUAAUGCAUAGUGAUGUAUAUAUGCAUCAAGGCUUUUUUUUGAUAAAAUGUAUGUUUUUUAAUUAC